AUUCCUAAUUUCUGUUAUUUCUAUGGCUUUCCCCAUUUAUCUGUCAUUUGACUGUGAUUCACUGCACUCCACCUCUGCCCAAUUGGCCAACUUACCAUUUCAUACCCCACAUUUUUAGAAACUACUUGGGCCCCAAAGCUUGUUUGGUCUAUAAAAUUGAAUAACUAUUUAAAAUGGACAGAACAUACUAGUCAGAAUAAUCUAUGAAUUGUUUGUAUAAGUGGAUUAAAAAUACUUCUUCCAAAUACAUAUAAUAAACACCUCUUUAUAUACAGAAAUUUAAACCAUUUUCUUUUUUCCCUGUUUCUUUUUGAGUUAACAUCAAGAUAACAUCUUACAGCAUUUAGGGGGAAAUGGUUUACUCUCUCAUUUUAUUUUUCCAUCAUCCUUGCUUUGUACUCUCAAAUACAACCCAUUUGAUACCUUGAACAAAUGUACUUGGUUAAUUCCACUAACUUUUUUGAAAACAUUCAUGGUAUAGAAAAAAAUUGUUUUUGUUUUAAGUGCAUCUAUGCCUACAAAAUGGAGACUUGACUGUUUGAUGAAGUUUCCAUUGUAGCAUAUAAACAAUCGUUCGAAGGCAUUACAUCACUGAUUUUUUCAUUUCUUUUACCGAUGAUCACAGUCUUCCUAUCCUUAUUUAACUUAUUGUGAUCGUUAUGUAGCACUUAAAUUCAGGGUUAUUUAAAUCCCCCAAAUUAAGGAAAUACAUCACUUAGAUGUAUUUCUGUAUUUCAGAUAGACAGUACGUAAAGAUCCUGAGCAGUGGUCUGUACCCAAAUGGAUGGCAGUUUGUCACACUGUGAAUUUGGCCCAUGAUCAUUUUGUCAUUGAUCUUUUGCGUUAGCACUAAAGGGUAAGCCUCCAACAAAGAAAGCAAAAGUUCUUCAGAAACAACCUUUAGUUGCUAAACUAGCUGCAUAUGCUCAGUAUCAAGCUACCUUACAAAAUCAAGCGAAGACGAAAGCAGCAGUCUCCAUGGAAGGUUUCAGCUGGGGUAACUACAUCAAUAGCAAUAGCUUUAUAGCCGCUCCAGUUACCUGUUUCAAACAUGCACCUAUGGGGACCUGCUGGGGUGAUAUCUCAGAAAACGUAAGAGUAGAAGUUCCCAAUACAGACUGCAGCCUUCCUACCAAAGUCUUCUGGAUUGCUGGAAUUGUAAAGUUAGCAGGUUACAAUGCCCUUUUAAGAUAUGAAGGAUUUGAAAAUGACUCUGGUCUGGACUUCUGGUGCAAUAUAUGUGGUUCUGAUAUCCACCCAGUUGGUUGGUGUGCAGCCAGUGGAAAACCUCUAGUUCCUCCUAGAACUAUUCAACAUAAGUAUACAAACUGGAAAGCUUUUCUAGUGAAACGACUUACUGGUGCCAAAACACUUCCUCCUGAUUUCUCGCAAAAGGUUUCAGAGAGCAUGCAGUAUCCUUUCAAACCUUGCAUGAGAGUAGAAGUAGUUGACAAGAGGCAUUUGUGUCGAACGAGAGUGGCAGUGGUGGAAAGUGUCAUUGGAGGAAGAUUACGACUAGUGUAUGAAGAGAGUGAAGAUAGAACAGAUGACUUCUGGUGCCACAUGCACAGCCCGUUAAUCCAUCACAUCGGUUGGUCCAGAAGCAUAGGCCAUCGAUUCAAAAGAUCUGAUAUUACAAAGAAACAGGAUGGACAUUUUGAUACACCACCACAUUUAUUUGCUAAGGUAAAAGAAGUAGACCAGAGUGGGGAGUGGUUCAAGGAAGGAAUGAAAUUGGAAGCUAUAGACCCAUUAAAUCUUUCUACAAUAUGUGUUGCAACCAUUCGAAAGGUGCUGGCUGAUGGAUUCCUGAUGAUCGGGAUCGACGGCUCAGAAGCAGCAGAUGGAUCUGACUGGUUCUGUUAUCAUGCAACCUCUCCUUCUAUUUUCCCUGUGGGUUUCUGUGAAAUUAACAUGAUUGAACUUACUCCACCCAGAGGUUACACGAAACUUCCUUUUAAAUGGUUUGACUACCUCAGGGAAACUGGCUCCAUUGCAGCACCAGUAAAACUAUUUAAUAAGGAUGUUCCAAAUCACGGAUUUCGUGUAGGAAUGAAAUUAGAAGCAGUGGAUCUCAUGGAGCCACGUUUGAUAUGUGUAGCCACAGUAACUCGAAUUAUUCAUCGUCUCUUGAGGAUACAUUUUGAUGGAUGGGAAGAAGAAUAUGAUCAGUGGGUAGACUGUGAGUCCCCUGACCUCUAUCCUGUAGGGUGGUGUCAGUUAACCGGAUAUCAGCUACAGCCUCCAGCAUCACAGUCAUCAAGAGAAAGUCAAUCAGCUUCAUCAAAACAGAAGAAAAAGGCUAAGUCCCAGCAAUACAAAGGACAUAAGAAAAAGAGGAAGAUGCCAGUUGGGAAGAAGCCUGUCAGUUUGUCGAGCCUGCCCAUGACAGGUGGGGUGCGGAGGAGUUUCUCUGGUGACGAAGAGUUGACUCCUCCUCCAUAUCGAACCCUGCCAGCACAGACAGCCCCAGAGGCCUUCCCACCUCCCAGCACUAGCCAAGAGUUCAGUCCCAGCCUCAAAACAGUGACCACAUUGCAGCUGAAGGAGGAGUUGCUCGAUGGAGAGGAUUAUAAUUUCCUCCAAGGAGCUUCUGAUCAGGAAAGCAAUGGCUCUGCCAACUUCUACAUCAAACAAGAGCCAUGAGGUGGCUCAGAAACUGAGGGCGGGAGGGGACGAAUUUUACACAGGACUGAUUUAUAAUCCAUCCAGCUGUACAGCAGGGCUAUCGUCCUGGGACCUUUUGCUAAACAUAGAAAAUUUCAGUUCCAGAUUUUUCAGGUGGGUGGGGAAACUAUUUUAGUCGGGGGCAGGGGGGAAAUUUUUCAAUUUAUAAAGAUGGACAAUUUUUGUGUUGUAUUUGAAGCUUUUGAAAGAAUUUUGUAAUAUUUUCCAAGUUUGGAUUUAUGUGCAUUGUUAACAAGAACUGAAAUUCUAACUUUUUUGGUAAGAUUAAAGUUUAGGUAGCAGGAUUGAAGGAAAUGAUUUAAGAAGGAUAUAGUCGUAAAUGCAAAUGAACUGUCAUUACAAAUGAACCUUUUUGGUACCUGUUGGGAGAUUUUGGGAUUCUCGAAGUUAGGCCAGUCACAUCUCCAGCUUCCUUUGCUCCGGAAAUUAUGCAACUGAGCCCUCACGGAGGGUUCUUCACCGUGUCGCUUACGGAGGGGUCAUUCGUUCUGCUUGUUGGCAUUUUAUUGCAGCCCAUUUUAAAUGUUUGUACAGAGAAGUUUUUCAUUCUGUGAAAAAUUAUUUGGAGUUCUGUAUGAAACUGGAAGAACUCUGGAUACUUUUAUAUGUUCUCUUUUAAUUAAAAAAUGGUUAAAAUUAUCCUAACACUAAAGUGUUAAACUGGAAUGGUUGACAAGAUUUAUAGAAUCUCGGUCUACAUGUUGAGGAGUUGGGGAAAAUGCAAUAUUGUCCUAAGUUCAUUAUCUUUUUCUCACUAAAAAAUACCCCUAUGGAAGGGAUUCUGCUCAUUUCUCUGCCAUUUCCCUCCAUCUGUGAGAUAACAACUUGGUAUAACCACACCUCAAAACAGAUGUUCUGUAUUACCAGGAAAAUCUGACUAAAAAAUUGUUCAAAGCCAAAGUAAGUUUUAAUUUCAAAGUCAUUCCAGCUCUGCUUUUAACUAUCCUGAAUUGGCUAGAAAAUUAAUUUGAAAGAGGACUUAAAUUUUCUUAAAAUUCCGUAUAUUGUAUGAAUUGUCUUUCAUUGUAUUCAGAAUUUGUUUUAACAAUAGUAACUGAUUUGGACCACUUUGAACAUUCCCUAUUUUAAAAUUCACAUGCCUUCCUUAAAAAAAAAAAAAAAAAAAAAAAAGGAUACAAGG